AUGGCUGCCCACCCAACCCUGAGGUUGCAGGUCAACGCUAAAUAUAAAAACAGGUGGAUCCACCUGAAGAUACGCUAUAGGGCUACUCAGGUAUCUGACAGUGGUGUGAUUGCACUUGUUAGUGGACCUUGUGCCAAGAAAUUAGAGGAGAUUCAUAUGGGACAUUGUGUAAAUCUGACUGAUGGGGCUGUAGAAGCUAUCCUUACUUACUGUCCUCAGAUACGUAUAUUACUCUUCCAUGGAUGCCCCUUGAUAACAGAUCAUUCACGAGAAGUGUUGGAGCAAUUAGUAGGCCCAAACAAACUAAAGCAAGUGACAUGGACUGUUUAUUGAUGCUUUUUUGAAGAUGAUCAAUGCUAGGAAAGCUUAUCAAAACUACUUUCCCAAGAAACCAUCUAUAGAGAUUUGCAUUCUAUUUAAUGUUAACACUAUUAAUUAUUUUAUUGUCUUAAGUUAUAACUCUCAGAGAAUUAGCUAAGUCUUGGUAUAUACAUGGUUUGUGCUUUACUCUUAAACAUCUUAAUAGUGCUAUUAUUCUAUAUCUGUUGGAUGAGUCAUUAUUUUUGAAAUGAUAAUCUUAGCAUGAACUCUGAUCUAUGGUGUUGGAUUUUGUGUUUAAAAUUAACUGUUUUCCCUUGAGAUUUCCUUCUCCUAUGUAGGUAUCUGAGCUAUUGUUAUAAGCUUACCUGUAAGUAUAAACCUUGGGAGAAUCUAAGUAAACAUAUUUCUA